CACACACACACACCCGUGCUAGUUUUUAUAGCUGGGGCUGAGGGGAGACUGGACUCCUGUCCUACAGGACCAGCCCCAGAUCCAUGUGCUACUUGUAUGCUGGGAGUCUCAGCCAAGAUUUGGUUCUGGGAAGCUCCCUUGCUUUUGACCAGAGUCAGGUACAAAUCGGGGCUCCCUGGGAAUGAAUUCAGAGGGCAUCUGGUCGGAAGGCCAACAGAAGGAUUCUGCAUGCCGGAACCACAGAUGCUAUCUCUCCGGCCAGGUGCUGUGGGGCCGACAUGAAGUUGAAAAAGCAGGUGACGGUGUGCGGGGCUGCCAUCUUCUGUGUGGCUGUCUUUUCACUCUACCUGAUGCUGGACCGCGUGCAGCACGAUCCUGCCAGACACCAGAACGGGGGCAACUUCCCCAGGAGCCAAAUUUCUGUGCUGCAGAACCGGAUUGAACAGCUGGAACAGCUGUUGGAGGAGAACCACGAGAUCAUCAGCCACAUCAAGGACUCCGUGCUGGAGCUGACGGCCAAUGCGGAGGGCCCGCCAGCCCUGCUGCCCUACCACACGGCCAACGGCUCCUGGGCAGUGCUCCCAGAGCCCCGGCCCAGCUUCUUCUCUGUCUCCCCCCAGGACUGCCAGUUUGCUUUGGGGGGCAGGGGGCAGAAGCCAGAACUACAGAUGUUAACUGUGUCUGAGAACUUGCCAUUCGACAAUGUGGAGGGUGGCGUGUGGAGGCAAGGUUUUGACAUCUCCUACAGCCCAAAUGACUGGGAUGCCGAAGACCUGCAGGUGUUUGUGGUGCCCCACUCACACAAUGAUCCAGGCUGGAUCAAGACUUUUGACAAGUACUACAUGGAACAAACCCAACACAUCCUCAACAGCAUGGUGUCCAAGCUGCAGGAAGAUCCCCGACGACGCUUCCUCUGGGCAGAAGUCUCCUUCUUCGCCAAGUGGUGGGACAACAUCAGUGCCCAAAAAAAGGCAGCAGUUCGAAGGCUGGUGGGAAACGGGCAGCUGGAGAUCGCAACAGGCGGGUGGGUGAUGCCAGAUGAGGCCAACUCCCAUUACUUUGCCCUGAUUGACCAGCUCAUCGAGGGGCACCAGUGGCUGGAGAGGAACCUGGGUGCACCCCCUCGCUCGGGCUGGGCAGUGGACCCCUUUGGGUACAGCUCCACCAUGCCUUACCUGCUACGCCGUGCCAACCUGACCAGCAUGCUGAUUCAGAGGGUGCAUUAUGCCAUCAAGAAGCACUUUGCUGCCACUCACAGCCUGGAGUUCAUGUGGAGGCAGAUGUGGGAUCCAGACUCCGGCACAGACAUCUUUUGCCACAUGAUGCCCUUCUACAGCUAUGACGUUCCACACACCUGUGGCCCUGACCCCAAGAUCUGCUGCCAGUUUGAUUUCAAACGUCUGCCGGGUGGGCGCAUCAACUGCCCUUGGAAGGUGCCUCCGAGGGCUAUUACAGAGGCCAAUGUGGCAGACAGGGCAGCCCUGCUCCUGGACCAGUACCGGAAGAAGUCCCGGCUCUUCCGAAGCAAUGUCCUCCUUGUGCCGCUGGGCGAUGACUUCCGGUAUGACAAGCCCCAGGAGUGGGAUGCCCAGUUCUUCAACUACCAGCGGCUCUUUGACUUCCUCAACAGCAGGCCUGAGCUGCAUGUGCAGGCCCAGUUCGGGACCCUCUCCGAGUAUUUUGAUGCCCUCUAUAAGAGGACGGGAGUGGAGCCCGGUGCCCGGCCUCCAGGGUUUCCUGUGCUGAGUGGAGAUUUCUUCUCUUAUGCUGACCGGGAGGACCACUACUGGACAGGCUAUUUCACUUCCCGGCCUUUCUAUAAGAGCCUGGACCGAGUCCUAGAAGCCCACCUGCGUGGGGCAGAGGUUCUAUACAGCUUGGCUGUGGCUCAUGCCCGCCGCUCUGGACUGGCUGGCCAGUACCCGCUGUCUGAUUUUGCUCUUCUGACGGAAGCUCGCCGCACGCUGGGGCUCUUCCAGCACCACGAUGCCAUCACCGGAACUGCCAAGGAGGCGGUGGUAGUAGACUAUGGGGUCAGGCUGCUGCGGUCCCUGGUUAGCCUGAAGCAGGUCAUCAUCAAUGCUGCUCACUAUCUGGUGCUGGGGGACAAGGAGACCUAUGGAUUUGACCCUGGGACACCCUUCCUCCAAAUGGACGACAGUCGUUUAAGUCACGAUGCCCUGCCGGAGCGCACGGUGAUCCAGCUGGAUUCCUCACCCAGGUUUGUGGUGCUGUUUAACCCGCUGGAACAGGAGCGGCUCAGUGUGGUGACCCUGCUGGUCAACUCCCCAAGGGUGCGAGUCCUGUCAGAGGAGGGCCAGCCCCUGUCUGUGCAGAUCAGCAUGCACUGGAGCUCGGCCACCAACGUGGUCCCCGAUGUCUACCAGGUGUCGGUGCCCAUCCGCCUGCCAGCCCUGGGUCUGGGUGUGCUGCAGCUGCAGCCCGAUCUCGAUGGGCCCUACACGCUGCCGUCUUCUGUACGCGUCUACCUGAACGGUGUGAAGCUGUCCGUCAGCAGGCAGACGGCAUUCCCUCUCCGUGUCAUGGACUCCAGCACCAGCGACUUCGCCAUCAGCAAUCGCUACAUGCAGGUCUGGUUCUCCGGCCUUACUGGGCUCCUCAAGAGCAUCCGAAGGGUGGACGAGGAGCAGGAACAGCAGGUGGAGGUGAAGGUCCUCAUCUACGGCACCCGCACGUCCAAGGAUAAGAGUGGAGCCUACCUCUUCCUGCCUGACAGCGAGGCCAAGCCCUAUGUCCCCAAGAAGCCCCCCGUGCUCCGAGUCACCGAAGGCCCGUUCUUCUCGGAGGUGGCUGCGUACUACGAGCACUUUCACCAAGUGGUUCGCCUUUACAACCUGCCAGGGGUAGAGGGUCUGUCUCUGGACAUGGCAUUCCUGGUAGACAUCAGGGACUAUGUGAACAAGGAGCUGGCCCUGCGCAUCCACACGGACAUUGACAGCCAGGGUACUUUCUUCACAGACCUCAAUGGCUUUCAGGUACAGCCCCGGCGGUAUCUGAAGAAGUUGCCCCUGCAGGCUAACUUUUACCCCAUGCCAGUCAUGGCCUACAUCCAGGAUGGACAGAGGCGCCUCACACUGCACACUGCCCAGGCCCUGGGUGUCUCCAGCCUCGCUGACGGCCAGCUGGAGGUGAUCUUGGACCGACGGCUGAUGCAGGACGACAACCGGGGUCUGGGCCAAGGGCUCAAAGACAACAAGAUCACCUGCAACCGCUUCCGCCUCCUGUUAGAGCGGCGGACCGUGAGCCAGGAGCCUGGCUUUUUCUCCAAACUGGCAACCAUGUUUAGGGGCUUGAUCUUUUCCAGCAACACGAUCAGGAGCCCAAAGGUCCAAGAUGAGCGCUCUACCAGCUACCCGUCCCUCCUCAGCCACCUGACUUCCAUGUACCUCAACACGCCUCCACUCGCCUUGCCCGUGGCCAAGAGGCAGGCCACCAGCCCUGCUCUGCGCUCUUUCCACCCUCUGGCUUCUCCGCUGCCCUGUGACUUCCACCUGCUCAAUCUCCGCACGCUCGCAGCUGAGGACACCUCCCCCUCAGCUGAUGCCGCCCUCAUCUUACACCGCAAGGGAUUUGACUGUGGCCUUGAGGCCAAGAACCUGGGCUUCAACUGUACCACAAGUCAAGGCAAGCUGGCCCUGGGGAGCCUCUUCCACGGCCUGGAUGUGGUAUUCCUGCAGCCAACCUCUUUGACUUUGCUGUACCCUCUGGCCUCACCCUCCAACAGCACGGACAUCUUUGUGGAGCCCAUGGAGAUUGGCACCUUCCGCCUCCGCUUGGGUUAGGGUAGGGCUUCUUGUGGCCUGAAGAGAGAGUUCAUCCACAGAGACCGCCUCUUCACACCAAGAUGGGGUUGGACACGUCACACUAGUACCACAUCCCGUUCUGCCCCUCAGAACUGUGACAGACUGGGCUUUGCCCUUGCGUUGUCUACUUCUGCUUCUGUGUUUGGGACAGCCCACACACCCGCGGUGAGCAGAGGCCAGUGGGACAGGGAGAGGAGGUUCUUUGGGUUGGGAGUGGGCGCCCAGGGGGGCACAGGCUCAGGCUCCCAUCCCUUCCCCAAAAUGGGACGUAGGAAGAGUGGGGGCACGUGGGAGAGGUCAAGGAGGCUGAGGGGGAGCGGACCAGAGCCAGGUGACUGCAGUUAUGAGCUAGCUCUAGGGGGUCCUAUGUGACAUAGACCCCACACGGCCUAGUAUGAGGCACAGGGCAGAGUGCUUCUGGGAGAAGGGCAGAAGGACCCAUUGUUAGUGGAGCGGAGGAGCGGAAGGAUCCCGAACUCUCCCAAGAGCUGAAGGGCUUUGCGCUUUCCGUUCUCGGCCUCUGCUCGAAGUGCCGCUGGGCCUGUCUGCCCUGCCUAGUGACUGCUGGGUGGCAGGGAGGACUUGCCUGAGACUCUAAAUCAAGGCCAGAGGCCAGAGAGCACUUCGGGACCCCACACCCAUGCUGCGCUGGUCAUUUGGUGAUGUGCGGAUUUGUGGCGGGGGUGAGAGGUGUCUCCCACCCUUCCUGUCUCUUCAGCUCACACACCACUCUCCUCACAAGUUCCUGUCGUGGGGUUCCUGGCUAACUUCCUUUCCCUAGAAAGGAAAUGGAGCUUCCAGGAGCCCUGUGUUUGGGCACCUUGGGAAGGUACCCAUGCUGGGUCCAGUGGAAGGCUGAGAGGCUAAUCUUCGUUCGAUCGGCAGAAACACGACUCUCCUGGUGUGUGGGACGAAGAGGGUGGAGACAAAAUUAGGAGGCUGUAUGCUUCGAUGAGCCUUCAUUUUAGCUUCAAUUACUAGAGAAUUUGUCUAUAAAUGGUGAAAGAGAGUUGGUAAAAGUGAAACUCCAUCUCUCAUGAAGACUUAGUAAGCCGAGACUAGAAAGACGCAUCAUAGUCUAGACAAAGGUCCCUGUCACCAGUGAAGGACCAAACAGCACAGGCACUGUCCUGAGAGUCAGAACCUAGCCGGGGGCAUGCUGUGAUGUAGCAGAGCCAUGGUAUCACCCACCCCUCAAUUCAGAUGGAGACAAAGAAGAAUCAUGACUGCCACUGUUUUUAAACCGUAAGCUACCUAAGAUAUCAGUGUCAACUGAAGACCCAGCAGGCCAUUCUGUGAGUUGCCUCAGUACAUGCUCCUUCCCAAAGCAGCCCAUAAAAUCAAUGGAAUUCCAGCGAGAUUGUCACUUUUUGGACUUCUGCCAGUUCUGCCAUUCAUUUAGGAGAGUACAGGAUGAGGACGUGAGUAGUUCUGAAAGGCAGUGGUGAUGUAUGCUGAUGGUACCAAGGUGGCACAAGGCACUGUAUGGCAGAGUCCUCAAAGGCUUGGACUCUGCCAGCAUGAGUUCAGUCAUCAUGAUCAGAUCAGAGAGACUGAUGGGCAACACAGAGUUCAGACAGAUCCAGGCACACAGAAAUGUGUGCAUGAUUUCAAGUGCAGGGAGGUGGGGGAGAUGGAUUAUUUAAUAAAUAGUUCUUUGAGACAACUAGCUAUCUGUUAGUUAGAACUCUACCUCAGUUUCCCAAAAAACUAGGUCUAGAGGGAAAAAAAAACAAGAAACACACACACACACACACACACACACACACACACACACACAC